CACCCAGCUUGGCGGCGGGGGCGAGUAGAGGGGUGAGGGUUGAGGGCGGGAGAGGACGAGGGCUGCUGCAGGCGGCGGGGGGUGCGCGGCAGCCAGGGGGCGGAGCCCAGCGCGAGCCGCAGGCGAGGCGGCGGCCGCACUCGGACCCGGGAAGCCGUGCUCUCUCCCCGAUUCUCCGCGGAGGUAUUACUUGGACUUUAAUCUGCUGGCCCCAUUUACGGAACUACCAGCCCCUGGAGGUUACUUUAUUUGAUUUGUUUGAGUGUUUUCCUGUAUGUAUGUAGAUGCACUAGAUACACGCUCAGUCAGUGCUCUUGGAAAUCAGAAGAGGUCACCAGAUCCCCUGCAACUGAAUUUAAUGGAUGGUUUCCGUUCUGGGAACUGAACUUAGAUCCUCUGUUAAGAGCAGCAAGUGCUCUUAAGAACCGAGCCAUCUCUGCAGUCUGAAGACCUUUUACUAAGGACCCUAGGAAAAUUGUGCAAUGAAUGGUGACACUCGGGCCGCAGUGGUGACCUCACCACCUCCAACCACAGCCCCUCACAAGGAGAGGUAUUUUGACAGAGUCGAUGAGAACAACCCAGAAUAUUUGCGGGAGAGGAACAUGGCACCAGACCUUCGUCAGGACUUCAAUAUGAUGGAGCAGAAGAAGAGGGUGUCUAUGAUUCUACAGAGUCCUGCCUUCUGUGAAGAGCUGGAGUCUAUGAUACAGGAACAGUUUAAGAAGGGCAAGAACCCCACAGGCCUGCUGGCAUUGCAGCAGAUUGCAGAUUUCAUGACUGCGAGUGUACCAAAUGUCUACCCGGCAGCUCCUCAAGGAGGAAUGGCCGCCCUGAACAUGAGUCUUGGUAUGGUCACUCCUGUGAAUGACCUUAGAGGGUCGGAUUCUAUCGCAUAUGACAAAGGGGAGAAGUUACUGCGGUGUAAACUGGCAGCAUUUUACAGACUGGCAGAUCUCUUUGGCUGGUCCCAGCUUAUCUACAAUCAUAUCACAACCAGAGUGAACUCUGAGCAGGAACACUUCCUCAUCGUACCUUUUGGACUUCUCUACAGUGAAGUGACUGCAUCCAGCUUGGUUAAGGUCAAUCUACAAGGAGAUAUAGUAGACCGUGGAAGUACUAACCUAGGGGUGAAUCAGGCGGGCUUCACUCUGCACUCGGCAGUGUAUGCUGCGCGACCAGAUGCCAAGUGUAUUGUGCACAUCCACACCCCAGCGGGGGCAGCGGUCUCUGCGAUGAAGUGUGGACUCUUGCCUAUCUCCCCGGAGGCACUUUCCCUUGGAGAUGUUGCUUAUCAUGACUAUCAUGGCAUUCUGGUUGAUGAAGAGGAAAAAAUUUUGAUUCAGAAAAAUCUGGGCCCUAAAAGCAAGGUCCUCAUUCUGCGGAAUCACGGACUCGUGUCAGUUGGAGAGAGCGUGGAGGAGGCCUUCUAUUACAUCCAUAACCUUGUGGUUGCAUGUGAGAUCCAGGUUCGGACUCUGGCAAGUGCUGGAGGACCAGACAACUUAGUUCUGCUGGAUCCUGGGAAGUACAAAGCCAAAUCCCGUUCUCCAGGGACUCCAGCAGGGGAAGGCUCUGGAUCACCUCCCAAGUGGCAGAUUGGGGAGCAGGAAUUUGAAGCUCUUAUGCGGAUGCUCGAUAAUCUGGGCUACAGAACUGGCUACCCUUAUCGAUACCCUGCUCUGAGAGAGAGAUCUAAAAAGUACAGCGAUGUGGAAGUCCCUGCCAGUGUCACAGGCCACUCCUUUGCUAGUGAUGGCGAUUCGGGCACUUGCUCGCCGCUCAGGCACAGUUUUCAGAAGCAGCAGCGAGAGAAGACAAGAUGGCUGCACUCUGGCCGGGGUGAUGACGCUUCUGAGGAGGGGCAGAACGGAAGCAGUCCCAAGUCGAAGACUAAGGUGUGGACGAACAUUACACACGAUCACGUGAAACCCUUGCUGCAGUCUCUCUCGUCCGGUGUCUGCGUGCCAAGCUGUAUUACCAACUGCUUGUGGACUAAAGAGGAUGGACAUAGAACUUCCACCUCUGCUGUCCCUAACCUGUUUGUUCCAUUGAACACUAACCCAAAAGAGGUCCAGGAGAUGAGGAACAAGAUUCGAGAGCAGAACUUACAGGACAUUAAGACGGCAGGACCUCAGUCCCAGGUUUUGUGUGGUGUGAUGAUGGACAGAAGCCUUGUUCAGGACGCACCCCUCUCUGACUGUACGGAAACUAUCGAAGGGCUCGCAGAGCAGACCUUUAGUCCCGCUAAGUCUGUCUCUUUUAGAAAGGGGGAGCUGGUGACGGCCUCCAAAGCCAUCAUUGAGAAGGAAUACCAGCCCCAUGUAAUUGUGAGCACCACAGGUCCCAACCCCUUCAACACGCUGACAGACCGUGAACUGGAAGAAUACCGACGAGAGGUGGAGCGGAAGCAGAAGGGCUCUGAAGAGAACCUGGAUGAGACAAGAGAGCAGAAAGAGAAGAGUCCUCCAGACCAGUCAGCUGUCCCCAACACUCCUCCCAGUACUCCUGUCAAGCUUGAAGAAGACCUUCCCCAGGAGCCGACAUCCAGGGACGACAGUGAUGCCACCACCUUCAAGCCGACGCCCCCUGACCUCUCCCCUGAUGAGCCUUCAGAAGCACUUGCCUUCCCAGCAGUGGAGGAGGAAGCCCAUGCUUCCCCAGACCCCACUCAGCCCCCUGCUGAGGCUGACCCUGAGCCAGCCUCAGCCCCAACUCCAGGAGCUGAAGAGGUAGCCUCCCCUGCCACGGAGGAGGGGUCUCCCAUGGACCCUGGCAGUGAUGGGUCUCCAGGCAAGUCCCCAUCCAAAAAGAAGAAGAAGUUCCGUACCCCGUCCUUCCUGAAGAAGAGCAAGAAGAAGAGUGACUCCUGAAGGCCCACCCUGCAUACUCUCAUGUCUACAGGCCUGGCUCUGUCAGGAUUCCCUCUUCUUGUCUUGUGUUCUAUCCUCCUGUGUAAUGGAAUGCAAACAACCAAAACCUCCAUGUAACUAGAGCCCCCUCCCAUGUAUAGUCAGCCCCUGCACCAGUGCUAACCCAGUGUGUGCUCAGCCUCCCUACCCUGGGCCUUGGGUUCUGUGGGGAGCUGGGCUUAGCCUGCACCUGUGAGUUGUGCCCCCCUGCAGGAGGGGGACACUGAUCCUGGUCCUGGCUGGAAGGCAUUGGAGGCUUCUGCCAGCUCUGGUUACAGCGUCACCCUCCUGAGCCUUGCCUCUCACUCUCCUUUCUGUCGUGAGUAUCGAAUUGUCUGCUCAGUUUCCCUCCACUCUGUGGAGUCUCAGGUGGCUGAUUUGGACUCGGCUUUUGCUGGCAUCCUCUGCUUGGUGAUGUCAGUUAUCCCAUACACAGGUAUCCACAUACCCCAGCCAUGGUCUGAGAAAACACUCUCAUGUCCAUCAGCGGCCCAGGGCACUGUGGCUGCCUUAAAGAAAUGGGUUGCAGCUGCUGCGCUAGCAGUGAGCAACCCUGUGUAUACCCAGCACAACGCUAUGCAUGGUCUAACUGGUGACCCUAUGACCAAAACCACAUUCAGGCGCUCAUAGUUGAUCUUACUGGGGUCUUGGAUUCCCAUCUUAGGGAACAGAUACCAGGAGGGUGAAGAGUCCGUUCUAAAACUUUCUUUCAGCAGGUUUGCAAUUUAGCUUACAUUUUAACUGUGAAUUUGAAUAGGCCACUCUUUGCGUUAGUUUUUGUUGUAGAGCCUGUGACAGACUGCAGCAGAACACUCUUGACUUGUGUGGGGAGGUUUUACAUAAAGGGUAACUCAUGGUAGAAGCCAGCCUUGGAGGUACCAUCUAAUGUGUUGCAUCAUUCAUAGAGCCCAUGACCUCUUGAUCCAUCCUUUAUGAAUUUUUACUUAACUUUCAUCCCUGGAAAAGGGCUUAGUGGGGAGCGCCGAGUGUCAGGUGGAAUCCUAAUGGGGCCUUGUUCAGGAGCUGCCACUGCCAGCCUGGCUAGAGUGAGGAAGCCUGCUGGAGCCCUGCUGGAGCCCUCGACACCCCUGCUGCAGUUGGGCCUGCAGAGCAGGUGCUCAGGUGUGGACAGAGCCCUGUGAUCCUCCCAUGGGGCACCAAGCAGGGCCCCACAGCCUCUUGCACUGCUAGUCUCACCAGUCACCACGGUGGCCUGAGCUCUUACCUGGUCCCCAGUCCCCUCAUCCGGACUCUUCCUCAUCCUUCCUUUUGGCCCUUCCUUUAUCCCACAUAUGCAAUGACUCUUCUCACUUUUGUAGUCUAAUUCUUUGUAUUACACAUGAAAUAUCGUUGCAUAUAUGGACAGACUUGGAGGACAGGUCCUGUGUGUCCUCUCCUCAUUGUAACAGGUUUUACUCACAAAUAAAAGUCUUUAAGCAGUU